AUGCCAAACCACUCCACAAUAAAAGGACCUAGGGUCAGUCAUCCUAAUGGUCAGUUGCCAAAUCCAAAAGACCGAGCAGUCGAGAUUAUGCAAAUCCGACAUCUUGAUCAGCCACUCAGUCUGGCAGCUCGAGCAAGCGCUCAAGACGAUAUACAGCCAAGCAUUCAAUUUCGACGACGAUUCAACGGUAGAGAAGGGGCAACACAACUGUUCAACAGCACGAGCGACAAGACCGUUUGGUAUCGCUCAAUGCUUAAUACUUAUUGCGCAUUGUUCAUUUCGUCUCUGUUAUUGUUUCAGUGCGAUAUUGUACAAGAGCAAUAA